AUGAUUGACCUAAGCACCCGGUUGUCUAAAACUAUAGCGGCUGGCGCCGCUUCAAUUUUGGUAGCAAACUUUUUCACCUUCAUCGGAAUGGUUACGCCCGCUUGGCAGGUUGCUGAAGAUACCGAUGUAAAUCGGUACGUCCAGAGUGGCCUCUGGAUCUACUGUACCCAGGGGUCUCAAUGUUGGUAUAUCUUCAGCGACAAUUUGAUCAACUAUUAUGAGCGGGUGGACGUCUGCCGUUUUAUGCUUAUUGGUGAUUGCCGAAAGAAACUGCUCAGGACACCAUACUUUUUUGGUUGGCACUACGCGUGCCUUAGCUUGGUAUGUGUCGCGCUGUUAUUUGGCACGGCCGCGUUUAUUGUGUCUAUUUGGGGAAUGUACAAAAAAGACAAACUCAGGAUGCUCACAAUUUUGCUGGAUGUAUUUGUUUUCAUGCAGUUUAUUUUCAUGGUUAUCGCGCUCACGGUUUUUGUGGUCAACGCAGAAAUGCUCGAAUCAAAGUAUUUGAUCGGAGUCAAAAACACUUUCGAGAAACACUAUGGCUACUCCUUUUUCCUUUGCUGUAUCGCGCUUUUUAUUUUGAGCUUCACCUGUUUGGCGGCCAUUUUGCAGACAACAUUCGUAUUCUUUGCAAAGGAAGCUGCCCUUGUCACAUUGAAGCAAAGAGCUGAGCAUCGGAAAUCUCAAUACAUGGAAAGACCGAUGCACUAUCCCGAAACAGCAUAUCGGCAUGGGGACCAACUUCGGACCCUGAAUUCGCCAUCAAUAUUAAAGACACCAAUAGAUGACGUCCAACGUUCCGUUACCCCGGUCUCAGUUGCACCAUCUUACGUUGGUCAAUUCAUUCCCGGUCAAUAUGGCCGAAACGGCGAAUUCCAACCGCACCAAACUGACGAAUGUCCGAACGAGGUAAUCGACGAAAAUAUUGGGGAUAUCGAUGAAAAUAGCGCGGCAGGGGAAAGCGAGCAUCAUCAGUUUUUUGGCUGGCACAAGGCGGUGUUGGUCACGAUUAUGGCUUCACUGUUCUUUGCGGUACUUUCACUCUGCUCGGGCCUAUGUGCGCCAUGCAAUGGCGGAUGCUCAGUGAUCUAUGCUAUAUUGGUAUUUCUGGCAUUUUUCCUAUCUCUCCUUGGUGAUGGUAUCUUUUUCUUUGCGGCUCAUCGCGUUGAUAAUCGGUUUGUGCAAGGGCUUGUUGGAACCUAUGAGCAAGAGAUCGGGCAUGCAUUUGCUCUCCAUGGCGCGGGAACGGUGCUGUUCCUAUUGGCAUGGCUGGUGUCUGUUGCGGCUACCUACAAGUUACUGCCAUGCCAGCAGUUAGCUGAAAGCGAUGGUGGUGGAUAUGCGUGCGUCAGCUCCCCUGACCUAGGAUGCGAGUACAUCGGCAACCCAUACGACAACUAUUUUUGCUGUAAGUCUUUCCAGCACAACGACGACUACCACUACCACUACCACUACGACGACGAAGACGACCACCACCACAACUACGACGACUACCACCACGACGACUACGACGACAACCACCACCACAACUACGACGACCACGACGACGACCACGACCACGACGACAACCAGCACAACGACGACUACCACUACCACUACCACUACCACUACGACGACGACGACCACCACCACAACUACGACGACGACUACCACCACCGCCACAAAGACGACGACGACGACGUCGACGACGACUACGACGACUACGACGACCACGACGACUACCACCACGACGACUACCACUACGACGACUACGACGACAACCACCACCACAACGACGACGACGACGACGACGACGACGACGACGACGACGACGACGACGACGACGACGACGACGACGACGACGACGACGACGACGACGACGACGACGACGACGACGACGACGACGACGACGACGACGACGACGACGACGACGACGACGACGACGACGACGACGACGACGACGACGACGACGACGACGACGACGACGACGACGACGACGACGACGACGACGACGACGACGACGACGACGACGACGACGACGACGACGACGACGACGACGACGACGACGACGACGACGACGACGACGACGACGACGACGACGACGACGACGACGACGACGACGACGACGACGACGACGACGACGACGACGACGACGACGACGACGACGACGACGACUACCACCACGACGACUACGACGACAACCACCACCACAACUACGACGACGACGACGACGACGACGACGACGACGACCACGACGACGACGACGACGACGACUACCACCACGACGACUACGACGACAACCACCACCACAACGACCACGACCACGACGACGACGACGACGACGACGACGACUACCACCACGACGACUACGACGACAACCACCACGACGACUACGACGACAACCACCACGACGACUACGACGACGACUACCACCACCACCACAACGACGACGACGACGACGACGACAUCGACGACGACUACGACGACUACGACGACUACGACGACCACGACGACUACCACCACGACAACGACCACGACCACGACGACGACCACGACCACGACGACCACGACGACAACCAGCACAACGACGACUACCACUACCACUACCACUACGACGACGACGACCACCACCACAACUACGACGACGACUACCACCACCACCACAACGACGACGACGACGACGUCGACGACGACUACGACGACUACGACGACCACCACGACUACCACCACGACGACUACCACCACGACGACUACGACGACAACCACCACCACAACGACGACGACGACGACGACGACGACGACGACGACGACGACGACGACGACGACGACGACUACCACCACGACGACGACGACGACGACGACGACGACGACGACGACGACGACGACGACGACGACGACGACGACUACCACCACGACGACUACGACGACAACCACCACCACAACUACGACGACGACUACCACCACCACCACAACGACGACGACGACGACGUCGACGACGACUACGACGACUGCGACGACCACGACGACUACCAACACAACGACCACGACCACGACGACGACCACGACCACGACGACCACGACGACCACGACGACAACCAGCACAACGACGACUACCACUACCACUACCACUACGACGACGACGACGACCACCACCACAACUACGACGACUACCACCACGACGACUACGACGACAACCACCACCACAACUACGACGACCACGACGACGACCACGACCACGACGACCACGACGACAAGCAGCACAACGACGACUACCACUACCACUACCACUACGACGACGACGACUACCACCACCACCACAACGACGACGACGACGACGUCGACGACGACUACGACGCCUACGACGACCACGACGACUACCACCACGACGACUACGACGACAACCACCACCACGACGACGACGACGACAACUACAACUACGACCACCACUACGACCACGACAACCACCACUACCACAACAACGACCACGACAACUACCACAACGACGACGACUGCUACGACCACCACAACGACCACGACAACCACCACGACGACGACUACUACGACUACCACAACAACCACCACUACCACAACAACGACGACGACAACUACCACCACUACUACCACUACCACCACCACGACGACUACUACGACUACCACCACCACGACGACCACGACGACUACCACCACAACAACUACGACGACAACCACCACCACAACUACGACGACGACUACCACCACCACCACAACGAGGACGACGACGACGUCGACGACGACUACGACGACGACGACGACCACGACGACUACCACCACGACGACUACUACGACUACCACAACGACGACGACGACAACUACUACCACUACUACGACUACCACCACGACGACGACCACGACGACAACCACCACUACCACAAGAUCGACCACGACAACUACCACCACUACUACGACUACGACGACCACGACGACGACGACUACUACGACUACCACAACGACGACGACAACCACCACUCCCACAACAACGACGACGACAACUACCACUACGACGACAACUACCACUACGACGACGACAACUACCACCACUACUACGACUACCACCACGACAACGACUACUACGACUACCACAACGACGACGACUGCUACGACCACCACAACGACCACGACAACCACCACGACGACGACUACUACGACUACCACAACGACGACGACGACAACUACUACCACUACUACGACUACCACCACGACGACGACCACGACGACAACCACCACUACCACAAGAUCGACCACGACAACUACCACCACUACUACGACUACGACGACCACGACGACGACGACUACUACGACUACCACAACGACGACGACAACCACCACUCCCACAACAACGACGACGACAACUACCACUACGACGACAACUACCACUACGACGACGACAACUACCACCACUACUACGACUACCACCACGACAACGACUACUACGACUACCACAACGACGACGACUGCUACGACCACCACAACGACCACGACAACCACCACGACGACGACUACUACGACUACCACAACAACCACCACUACCACAACAACGACGACGACAACUACCACCAGUACUACCACUACCACCACCACGACGACUACUACGACUACCACCACCACAACGACCACGACGACUACCACCACAACGACUACGACGACAACCACCACCACAACUACGACGACGACUACCACCACCACCACAACGACGACGACGACGACGUCGACGACGACUACGACGACGACGACGACCACGACGACUACCACCACGACGACUACUACGACUACCACAACGACGACGACGACAACUACUACCACUACUACGACUACCACCACGACGACGACCACGACGACAACCACCACUACCACAAGAUCGACCACGACAACUACCACCACUACUACGACUACGACGACCACGACGACGACGACUACUACGACUACCACAACGACCACGACAACCACCACUACCACAACAACGACGACGACAACUACCACUACGACGACGACUACCACCACGGCGACGACGACUACCACAACAACGACGACGACAACUACCACCACUACUACGACUACCACCACGACGACGACUACUACGACUACCACAACGACCACGACGACGACUACUACGACUACCACAACGACGACGACGACAACUACCACCACUACUACGACUACCACCACCACGACGACUACUACGACGACGACUACCACCACCACCACAACGACGACUACGACGACGUCGACGACGGCUACGACGACUACGACGACCACCACGACUACCACCACGAUGACAACCACCACUACCACAACAACGACCACGACAACUACCACUACGACGACGACUACCACCACGACGACGACUACCACAACAACGACGACGACAACUACCACUACGACGACGACUACCACAACGACGACGACAACCACCACUACCACAACAACGACGACGACUACGACCACGACCACCACCACUACCACAACAACGACCACGACAACUACCACUACCACAACAACGACGACGACAACUACCACCACGACGACGACAACUACCACCACGACGACGACAACCACCACCACUACUACGACUACCACCACGACAACGACGACGACUACUACGACUACCACAACGACCACGACAACCACCACUACCACAACAACGACGACGACAACUACCACUACGACGACGACUACCACAACGACGACGACAACCACCACUACCACAACAACGACCACGACAACUACCACUACCACAACAACGACCACGACAACUACCACCACGACGACGACAACUACCACCACGACGUCGACAACCACCACCACUACUACGACUACCACCACGACAAGGACGACGACUACUACGACUACCACGACGACCACGACGACGACGACGACAACUACCACCACUACUACCACAGCAACGACGACGACAACUACCACCACGACGACGACUACUACGACUACCACAACAACCACCACUACCACAACAACGACGACUACGACUACCACCACGACGACGACUACUACGACUACCACAACAACGACGACGACAACUACCACCACUACUACGACUACCACCACCACGACGACUACUACGACUACCACAACGACCACGACAACCACCACUACCACAACAACGACGACGACAACUACCACUACGACGACGACUACCACCACGACGACGACGACUACCACAACAACGACGACGACAACUACCACCGCUACUACGACUACCACCACGACGACGACUACUACGACUACUACCACGACAACGACUACUACGACUACCACAACGACGACGACUACUACGACUACCACAACGACCACGACAACCACCACUACCACAACAACGACCACGACAACUACCACUACGACGACGACAACUACCACCACUACUACGACUACCACCACGACAACGACUACUACGACUACCACAACGACGACGACUGCUACGACUACCACAACGACCACGACAACCACCACUACCACAACAACGACGACUACUACAACAACGACGACGACAACUACCACCACUACUACGACUACCACCACGACGACGACUACUACGACUACCACAACGACCACGACAACCACCACUACCACAACAACGACGACGACUACCACCACGACUACCACCACUACCACAACAACGACCACGACAACUACCACUACGACGACGACAACUACCACCACUACCACAACUACCACCACCGCGACGACAACCACGACUACGACGACCACGACGACAACGAGCACAACGACGACGACAACUACCACUACUACGACCACCACAACGACGACGACGACUACUACUACAACUACCACAACAACCACGACAACCACCACGACGACGACGACUACCACAACAACAACGACGACCACCACCACUACUACGACUACCACCACCACGACGACAACCACGAUUACGACGACCACGACGACAACGAGCACAACGACGACGACAACUACCACUACUACGACCACCACAACGACGACCACUACCACUACCACAACAACGACGACGACAACCACAACGACAACCACCACCACGACGACGACUACCACAACAACGACGACGACCACCACCACAACAACGACGACCACCACCACCACUACUACCACUACCACCACCACCACGACGACAACCACGACUACGACGACCACGACGACAACGGCAAACGA